AUGGGAUACCUUAUGACUUACGAAGUGAAGGACGAACCAUUAAUCAUAUCUGAUCGAGCGAACCGUACCCAUACGGUACGAACGCGGAAAAUUCGAAGCGGAAGCGCCAAUUCCGGCAGUGUCCGCUUCGCUCAAUACGUGUUGCAUAGAUUCCAACGCCUCGCGCCGUUGGAAUCUAAGCAACACGUAUUUGAGCGAAGCGGACCCAUAUUUCUACCCAUCCUGACUGCUGUGCCCAGCACAAGCAACAAUCUACUUUUGGAUACAACAUGCGGAGUGUAA